ACGGCACGACCAGCAGCAGCAGCAGGAGUAGUUGUUCCGAAGCACGGUGACGGAAGGAGCCUUUAUCGAAACGAUAUUUACCAUCGAUAUAUAUCCGGAGAAACGCGAGACGACGACGACGACGACGACAGUACGCGCGGCGCGAUAUGAAGUGAGUGAAGUGCGAACGAAAGAUGAGGAAGAUUAUUCGGUGGAAUUAUUCGCUCCGCGUCUUGUCCACUACGGGCAAUCAUUAGAAGAUAGGAUAGAUAGGAACAAAAGAGACUGCAGUACAAGCGAGACGAGAGAAUUCGAGUAUAGGAUGCAUGGGAGCUGGAGCUGGGAAGGAGAACUGGAGCUGGGUGAGGGAACGACCACUCUGCUGCGCCAAAGACGGAGACCAGAGAGCCCGGACUCGACGCAUCCGGUCCCCGAUACCCGGGUGCUAAGGUAUGCACCCAGCCGUUGCCACCGAACGCCUACCUCUCAAUCGCCGCACUCCGGCCCGCAGCCCCCUCUCACACGUGUCGACUCGUCUGGCCGAUCCUGCAGGGGAAAUGUUGACCGCGACUCAUCCUGAGAUGCACGAGAAGCGGGAUUCCCUUGGAGUUGUGGGCCAGUACGGGGGAGGUGCUGGCGGGGGCGGCGGCGGGCAAUCCUCGGAGGAUAAAUUCGUCGUUGAGCAGCCACCCCCGCCUCCGCCGCCCCCGCACAAGGAUCCCUCCGACCCGACCAUAAGCGCUAAAAAGUUACCGAAAAAACGUAAAUUCGAUUUGUCGGCUCUUGAGGAUAUGAAUAAAACUAACAACGCUACCAGCAAUGUUACCAGCAACGUUGGCGGCGAUGUUGUUGUUACCGGAUUACGGGGUAUCAGUACAACCUCUAUAAAUCAACCGCAAAACAUUCAACAUCCACCUCUACUUCCAUCUCCUCCGCACCAGCCACCACCGCCGCUGCCGCAGCAUCAGCAUCAGCAACAGCAACAACAACAACAACAACAUCAACCCGAAUAUUAUCAGGUACAACCGACGCAAGCAGUUGUAGCGCCACCACAGAGCACAGCGGUGGAUUAUUCGUGUCGUGAAGAACCACCGCGGUCUCGUCCUCGGUUACAGGUAGCACCGGCAACGGUAGCGAUAGACCUGAGUGAGUGGCGGGAGCACAAAGUGCUAGCUUUAAGGGACUCACAUUAUUACCCAGGGGUUAUAAACAGCGCGAGUCAUGGUGAUAUAUACGUCAAGUUUGACGGUGAGAGUAAACUAGUUAAGUACGAGGAUGUGCUGGGAAUAGGAAAGUACGAUGUCAUCAAGGAUUCGAGUCCGUCGGUUAGCCAAGUGACUGUUGAUGCGAACGUUUGCAUUAGAUAUCCUACCACGUCUAACAGUCACGCCGAAACAUUGACCAGUGUUUUUGUGAAGGGUACUGUUUGUGAGAUAAUAUCAAAUCCAAUUAGUUUUGUCGUCAAGAUACCUGCCGACGAUGAUCAGAGCUGCGAAUUCGUUGUUAAACGUGCCGAUUUAAGGCUCGUUCAACCUCCAUGGUGGGAUGAACUUGAAGGCCUAGAGACCGUCGAUCCACCAAGGGCACAAGUAGUCGAUUGCGGCUAUCGAAACUCAUUGGAGGCACCUCCAUCGGUACCAGUCUUACAACUUCAUCAUGCUUCGUCACAUGCUUCACAUAUUGCUCACAACGACGGAAAUGCGUACUAUAGAAACAGAGCAACGAGCCCCUUAUUGGAGUUGCCGACUUCCAUCCAAUCAGGAAACAACACUUUGAACAUAAGCAAUGGAAGCAGAAUGUACGAGGAUUUGGAAAGCGACGACGACUUGGGCAGAGAGGAUAUAAGGUUUCCUUCCGAUGCAGAUGCAAAAUUGUCAGGAAGCAGUAAAAGGAGCAGUAUGCAAAGCCGUGGAAGUACGAGCAGCCUUGUUGAGCAACGUAGUAUAACUCCUCGUUCCCAGGCGGCCACACCCAGAUCUCAGGCGGCAACGCCACACAAAUACAAAAAGGGUGACGUAGUAGCGACGUCUAGUGGAAUCCGGAAAAAAUUCAACGGUAAACAAUGGCGCAGACUUUGCAGCAAAGAAGGAUGCUCAAAAGAGAGUCAGCGGAGAGGAUAUUGCUCUCGCCACCUUAGUCUGAAGGGUUCAGGAUUCAGGGGCACUAGCACAUUUACCGGGGGCAAAAUGGACGGGGAAGAAACUUCACGGGAUUCCGACACGUCUCCGAACUACGGAGACAGAAGAAUAGCCGGACGUUUUGACCAAGAGGAAACUGAGGCUGCUAACAUGCUGGUAUCACUAGGGAGCUCGCGAUCAGCAACCCCGGCCUUUUCACCUACGGGACAGUCCUCUGUGUCGCCGUGUAUAAAUCAGAGUCCCGUUCCGUUGUUGGGUCUGAAUCAGAACGUUUUCAUGCCAAUAUCGAGUCCGGCGCAUCACCCUCCCCCCAUAAUAUCGCCUGGUGCCAAGUGGAAGCAUUCCCCUACCCAAGUGAAUUUCUUGGGUCAGUAUCAGCAGCCCGUAAUAAGACCAGAGCUAGUCAGGCCGACCGGGAGACCAGGCCAAGGAACACCAGCAAGCAUCGGCGCAAGUGUGAUCCGGAUUUCACCCGUUAGUAGAUUAUUAGCAAGCCAGAGUUUGACCAUCCCUACAUGGCCCGAUCAAAGUCCGCCUCAAAGACAUCCGUCGGUUGUUACUUCAUUGGCUCAGCAACAGCAACAGCAACAGCAACAACAGCAGCAGCAGCAACAGCAACAGCAGCAGCAGCAACAACAGCAGCAGCAACAACAGCAGCAGCAGCAGCAGCAACAACAGCAACAGCAACAACAUCAACAUCAGCAGCAACAACAGCAGCAUCAGCAGCAACAAAGCAUAAUAUUGCAGCAUGCUCUGACUUCCAACAACGGUUUUUCGAACCAUUCGGAAAUGACGCAAUCUAACAAUCAGCUAUUGAAACCACCCCACUCACCCCAUAUUCCACUUUCGGCACCACCGGGGCAGAAUCUAACCAUGAUUCAUAAACCUCAGGAUCAACCCGUUGACUAUGCUCAACCUUUGACCCAGACUCAGACAAUGUAUUUAAUGCCUCAACAUGAGAAAAAGUAUGUGAUAAAAAGCACUACUAUGGAAGCACCGCCGUUGUCUAGUGGACUUUUGGUUAGUAAUCAAGACGACAAGUAUAGGCAAACGAUGAUUAAUCAUUUGGGACAAUUACCACCCCUACAUCAAACACAGUGUCAACCCCCCCAGUCACCAGCCGCUCAGUCCGUCCACGUUGAAAAAAUGUCUGCUCUCCAGCAGAUCAGCAAGGUAACCCUUCCGCUUCAUCUUUCGUCUCACGCGGACUCCCAGCGGACUUUGUCGACACCGGCAACCAUUGUAAUGUCUGCUACGACAACCAUCAAUGACUCGGCACCACCAACCAGCGUUUUUCAACCCGUCAUUGUUCAACCAAGUCACUUGACUCCAAUGGCGAAAAUCCAACCGCCACGAGAAGAUAAUAAUCAAAAGAACAAUGGAGUUCUAUAUGGAAGCCGCGAUGUUUCUCCCGCAUAUCAGCCCCAACCCCCGCAACUUGUCACCAACGCUGUGUCCAAACGGAAAAAAGCUUUUUCCUGGCAGACGAUAGUGUUGGACCAGCCAGAGGUCAGUCCGCCGCCAUCAGCCCUCAGCCCUCCGUUGAGUGCACCUCCGAUUCCGAUGGGUACAAACAACAAUCCUAGCGACGAUGGGAGUGGGCAUGGUCCUGGGGCUGGUCCUGAACCCAUUACUCCGGCAGAGGAAGAUGACGACGAUGUUUUUGAGACGGAACCGACAACGCCAGCUGAAGUAGAGAGCAGCAUUAACAAACGUCGAAGUCAAUCACUCAGUGCGCUGCACACCAAAGAUCCGCAAAGUCCACUUAAACAAACUGUGAAAAAACCACCGAUGUUACAGGCCAAGGACCGUAUACGACGACCAAUGAAUGCUUUUAUGAUAUUUUCAAAACGUCACCGAGCGUUGGUACAUCUACGGCAUCCCAAUCAAGAUAAUAGAACAGUAUCGAAAAUUCUUGGCGAAUGGUGGUAUGCCUUGAAACCCGAAGAGAAACAGAAGUACCACGAACUUGCUUCAGAAGUAAAGGAGGCGCAUUUCAAAGCCCAUCCAGACUGGAAGUGGUGCAGUAAAGAUAGGCGGAAAUCAUCGACUACCGGAUUCAAGGGUGCUGAACCACGAGGGAAACUGAAUAGCACCGGAGAGGAAACAGAUAUGGGACCACCCUCUGAUGACGUGCCUUUAACCCCGCGAACAGUUGACGAACCCUCGGCACUCGCACCUAGCAUAUUCGAAUCUCCGAAUAUCGAGAUCAGUGGUCACGCGCGAGAUUCUCGUCGUGUUUCCGAAAUUCCACUGCAACUUGAAAACUCCGAAUCCGAUAUGAAACAAGAGGAGGAUGGUAACGUAUCGGACGACGAUCAAAUGGUCAUAUGCGAAGAUCCACAACCGGAAAUAGACUUGAAGUGCAAGGAUAAAUUAACCGACAGUGACAAUGAGGGGCAGGACGAAGAUUUGGAGAAUAAAAAUUUCACACAGUCGAGAUAUUCGCCUAUUAGUGGUCAAAAACGCGACGGACAGGAUACUAAGAUGGAUAUAACGUGCAGGCCUAAACCUAUCAAAGCCCGACUACCAUCGACCGGCAUGGAGACUACGACAAAAUACCAUCAUGCAUCCAUGGACAAAGGUGGCACUGUUUCGGUCCUUUCAACAACGUACCCUUACCACAGCCCUGUUAAUCCAACCGGAGUAUCGGGUUUCCAGCCUAAGGGCGGUGCGUUUAUAACUAUGCCUGUAUCCCCAAAAGUUGUUAAACCGGAGCCGGUUAAAAACAUCGAGCAACAAUACAGCACGCAGUAUAGUGUCAGUAAUCUCGUUGGUAAUAUUCACAACGAAAACGGGCGAACUUUGCCGAAAUUUCCUCCUUCACCCAUCGUUUCACAUUCGUUACAGGUCAGACCCAUGAUGACGCUUCUUAAAGAACAACAAGGGAUACAGUCAACAAACUCUAUGCAUCAUCUGCCAACUUCCAGUGCUGGUUACCAACCCCAACUCACCCUUACGGUAGUCAACAAUGAGGUCAUUUCAGGUUCAAAGCCCCAGCAAGGGUCUCAGUAUCUUGUACAGGCAUCGCCUCACCCUAGAAUGUUUGGUCACUUUCAGAUCCCUGUUUCAGAUGCCAGUGGCCGAAGUAUAUCUGUUCAGAACUUAGUAGCCAGCGGUAAAGUGGAAACUCAUAGCGUUAUUGUGAGCAAAUCCUAUCCAACGUCAACUCCAAGUCCUGGUACACCAAGUUAUAAAGGAAUCGGUCACUCGGUUACACGGCUUGCUGAAAUUGAGCAAAAUGAUAAUCAACCUGCUGUGAAUCAUGCUCAGUUUUACGCAGUAAACGCCCUGAAAUUGGAUCAAGAAAGGAAAGACACGGUUAAUAUUCAUCUUCCGGUACCUGGUGACAGUCACAAGCAACCUUCAACACCGCAUACUCCGCACACGCCACAUAACAACGAUCAUUCGUCGAAUAAAUCUUUUGCAAUGGAAGAGCCAAGAGGUAUUGGCGCUUUGAACAAUGUUGAUACAGGGACAAAUAAAGCUCCAUUUAUGCUUGCUCCAACGCCGGCGCAACUUGGUCGGGCUCCGCUUCAGAGGAGACAAUCAAUGGCAAUGCCUCCCACAUCAAAUGCGGGAGAUCAUGGGCCUCCGACGUCUCAGAAUUCCGAUAAUCGGCAGCCUUCAAAUUCUGUCCAGAACUUCGAUCAGCUGCAACAAAAUUCCAAUAUCGAGCCUCUGGCUGCGUCGUCACCAUCGACGAAGAAAGGUUCUUUCUUCAAGAAGAACGUCGAGGACGGCAUGGACAGGUACAGGCAAUUGGUUCUGGAGCAAGUUAACUUCCAAGAGAAAUUUUCAUCGUUGCCAGAAUUCAAGCCAGAGGAAAUCCAGAGUCCGAGCGCCAUCGGCAUUAACAGUGGAACAGGUGCAUCACCCCAUGUUUCUGUUACACCGGGACUACAUCAGUCUAACCUAUCUUCAUCCAUGCAGGAUUAUCGUAAGAAAUCUGUGCAGGGACCUCAUAGACCCAGUUUGAAUGAGGAUGAUAUGGAGUCAGACAUAUCGAUGUCAGUCACCCCUAAGUCGACGAGCAGUGUAAAAUUGACAGGGAAUCAGUUUUUCGGUCCCGACUUCAACAUAGAAGCGUUUAGAACGAGCACCGAUCCAAGCGGUGACGUUGAUCCGAACUCACCACGAACUCCGAAGACUCCUAGUGGUGGGGUUGGCGGUGCGACAGCCGGUGCAAGCAGAGGUGAAAACGAGCGAGGUCACAGGAAGGUACUGGAGCAGCGACGGAAGCUCGUUAUGCAGUUGUUUCAGGAACAGGGUUACUUCCCGACGACGCAGGCGACUUCUUCAUUUCAGGCAAACCAUGCCGACAUAUUUCCUACCAAAGCGAGUCUUCAACUGAAAAUAAGGGAAGUUCGUCAAAAAUUAAAGGCCAAUGCGACAACGCCCAUGAGCGCCAGCAGUUUGGUCAGCCCGUUACCAGUGUCAGAUUCCUCACCCGGGGUUAACGAUUGACCUUCGCAGGACCUCUUACUGCCCCCCCAACGUCGAUGGGUGCUCCUCAUUCGCUGCCGGUCGGCAGUACCAGCGGCAGCUAGCCCCCACGCGCCAACUGUGAUACAAAGCGUACCCCCUCGCCCCGCAGCGCAUCCACCUCAUAAUGUUAUGAGCACGUCGUUGUUGGAAGAACAAAAUAAUCGCAAAGUCUGCACCGUGUAGUCUCUGUGAAACAAUUAACCAGGAUGGGAGAAGAAAUUAAAAUUUUUUUUUUAAAUCUUUUUUUUUACUUUUUUUUUUGUUAUAUUUUUUUUUUCAUAUUUCUUCGAAGUUCCUUCUCCGAGCAAAACGUAUUCGUGAGACUCGAGUGCUACUCUCUCCCGUUAGCGUGGACACACAAUCGUUAUUGAUAUUGAAUACGGGCGGGGAUGUCUUACAUCGAUCGGCUACGUGGUUUAAUUAAAUAAUAUUACAUCAAGCUCCUGUCGAAAGGAUGUUUUUAGUUUUCUGCAUACCAAGUGGUAUAUCUGUACCGGAAAACUGGCUUGUCUCGUUUUUCUUAUUAUUAUAUCUUUACGAAUGCUUGUGCAAUAAUUUGUCGAUGAACUUUGUUGGCUUGAAUCUUUAUUUAACAAAAUUAGGAUUCGUUGUUUCAUAAAUUUAUAAAAUUACUGCAAUAUCUCUGAAAUAUAUCAGAGGAGAGGAAAGAAAGGAAAGAAAGAAAAAAAAAACGUAUUAUAAAACUUCGACAGUUUUAAGCACGUGGUAUGUGAUUUAGAGUUAAAAAAAAAUUGAUACAUGUAUAUGACCCCUUGGGUAACGCUCGAAUCCUAUAUAUCUGAUCAAAUUUAUAUUGUUACUUGCAACUGUGAUUUGUACCCGUAGCCGAAUUAUAAGCAUGGCAUAAUUCAGAGGACGCGUAGCUGAUUCUUGUAGUUAUGUAGUAUUUGAUGCGGGGCGAAUCGGACGAGGCCUAUGCCAAUGUUAAUAAUAAUAAUAUUAAUAAUAAUAAUAAUGUUACGGGAGAAAAACUUAUGAUAAAAGAAAAAAAACAUUAAAAAACGUGAUCCGGUGGUUAAAUGCGGGGAUCCGUUUUAAUGAAACGUUAUCGCUAUUAAGUCAGUCUAUAGAAUUUAGAUUUACAUUUUAUACAUAUAUAUACACUAUAUAUAUAUAUAUAUAUAUAUAUUG